AACUCGAGCACCCGGCUUGUGUAACUGUGCACUGCAAAACAACAGAAGCCUACGAGAACCACCGUCCAGCCGACCAGCCGCCGCCGCGCGAUAACUGGAGUUAAUGGAGACGCCGCCCCCAUGGAGGGUCCUCGAGUUCUACAGCGGUAUCGGCGGCAUGCGGUACGCCCUUGCGUCGUCGGGCGUUCGAGCGGAGGUGGUGGAGGCCUUUGACAUCAACGACGUCGCGAACGACGUCUACGAGCACAACUUCGGCCACCGCCCCUGCCAGGGAAACAUUCAAACACUCACUGCUGGUGAUCUAGACAAGUACCAGGCACAUGCAUGGCUCCUUUCUCCUCCAUGUCAACCAUAUACACGGCAAGGACUUCAGAAACAUUCAGCUGAUGCUCGGGCAUUUUCAUUUAUAAAGAUUUUAAACCUUAUGCAAAACAUGAGCUUUCCUCCACAAAUGUUAUUUGUGGAAAAUGUUGUUGGAUUCGAGGUGUCUGAUACACAUGACCAGUUGCUAGCAGUCCUUUCAACUCUCAAUUUCAACACACAAGAAUUCAUCCUAAGCCCCUUGCAGUUUGGUGUCCCAUAUUCUAGACCACGCUACUUCUGUUUGGCAAAACAGGAAUCUAUGUGUUUUCCAAAUUCAUCAGUCAAUGACAAGCUGCUUAGGACACCUACAUGCCUAACAUUGAACACUACGAGAACUCAGAAUAGCUAUGAUCAGAAUGAAGAUGAUCUGGAAGUAGUAUGUAAUCCAAUAAGAAACUUCCUUGAAGCACAGAGUAUUGGAGAUAAGGAAUGUUCAGCCAUCAUCUCUGACUUUAAGGAGGCUGAUGAAUGCACUCCAAUUGAAACUGCUUCACAUGACUACACAGUUCCACUAAACUUGAUUGAACGGUGGGGAAAUGCUAUGGAUAUUGUAUACCCUGAAUCAAAACGGUGCUGCUGUUUUACUAAAAGUUAUUAUUGCUAUGUGAAGGGCACAGGCUCUGUACUGGUUACAUCUAAAAACCUCAAACCAGUUCCAAAAGAGAACCUUGAAAUGUCUUCACUGAAUGAGUUGGGUCUACGGUUUUUCACCCCUCAGAGAGGUCGCAAAUUUGCAUUCAUUUCCCCCGAGUUUCCGUUUUCCGGAUCACAUAAGCCUCAGACAACAGUAUGCCAUGCUGGGUAAUAGUCUGAGCGUAGCGGUUGUGGCUCCUUCGCUGCGCUAUCUGUUUGCCGAGGCAUAGACAAGUUCUCAAUCAUUUGGCAGGUGAUAUUCACCUUGGCCCGCCAUCUGAUAUUUGUCAAAUCUUGCCACACUUGAGUUGCAAGUAUGAUAUUUUAUCCUUCAGUUUUUGUGUGUCUCCGAUCUGUGCAUUGUUGUGAGUUGUGAAUUGUGAUCAUGCUCAUCCUUCACGCCACGGUGCAGUUUCACCGAGCUUGAGGACUUGCGGUCAAUUCGCCGACGGCCUAGCAAGUUAUUAUAGCGAAGAGGUGAUUGCGUCCAAAGUUAGGUGGCAUGUGCGGCCGAAGCUCAGCCUUUGUUUCUACUGUAGCAUAUACCAAUACCAGUCCAAGUAUUAGCGGUCGACCUCUGCGUUGUGCCUUCCACUCCACAGCCAUAUUUAUGUUGCAACAUUGCAUGUUUUGGGGUGCAGUUAGUAAUGUGAUAUUUUUAUUUAGGGCAAGUGUAAUGUGAUACUAUGUGAUGACAUAUCGUAUUGCGUGCAAGAAAUGUAUGCAAAUCAAACCCCUCUAUGUACCUGGACAAUGCACGAGCCUCAGCUUUCAACUUCAAAAGUUUAUGUUCAACCCA